CGUCACUUCCGCCGCGGCUCCUGCUAGAAGUGGGAGGGUGUAGCUUGGUGUUGAUUUAAAAUCACGUUUAUGUUGUGUUAACAAUUCAAGUGGACAUACCACCGCUGCGUCCGUGGAUGCAGUUUACUCACACUCACGCACUGACGGAGCACAGUGUGUUUUCUUAUUACUAUAGAUCGCUGCCAGUAAAGAACGCUGAAGAACAGCUGCGACAGGGUCACUCUUCAGAGAGUACGAGAAAGAUCUGGAUGGUAUUGUGACAAAGUCCAUCACAGUGAGGCAUGAUGACAAUGAUUGUUGUGGAGGGGCAUCUUCCCCCAAAUUCAGUAAGGUCCUUGUUGGACUAUCCUUUCAAGAGAAGGACGAUGGAAGAAAAAAUUCUCGUUAAGGAGCUGGGACCCCACAGGCCUGAAAUAAACCUCCAGCAGAGAUCCACGGAGAAAGUUAAAGCCUACAACAGGACUUUUUGCAGGACUUGGUUCCAGCGUAAGUCUUGGCUGACCAGCUGUGCAAUAACCAACGCACUGUUUUGUUUCCCCUGCAUCCUUUUCCAAAGUGGUAAGUGUGAUUUGGCGUGGACACAAUCCGGACAAACUGACUUGAAGCACCUCUCCGAACGCAUCAAGAAACAUGAAAGAUCAAGAAUUCACAUGGAAAACGGUAUGCAGCUAGCUGUGCUAGGGAGAGUUAGCAUAGCGGCCCAGCUGGACGAAGGCCAUUGCAUUGCUGUAAGGAGACACAAUGAAGAGGUGGAUAAAAACCGUCACAUUUUAUCUAAGAUUAUCGAUUGUGUUAAAUUUUGUGGUGCGUUUGAGCUAGGAAUGUCAGGGCAUGGUGAAAGUGAAUCCUCAGACAAUCCCGGGAUUUUCAGAGGCCUGGUUGACUUGAUGGCAUCCAAUGAUCGAGGUUUGAGGGAACACCUUGAAAGUGCAACUGUGUUUAAAGGCACUUCGACAACGAUUCAGAACGAGCUCCUAGACUGUGUGCUGGCUGUUCUGAGAGAACGGAUCGUGGAGGAAGUAAACACAGCGAGCUUUCUAGCUAUCCAAGUUGAUAAAACUACUGACAUCUCCUCACACUAUCAGCUUGUCCUGGUACUACGAUACAUAGACAAACGCAACGAUGUACAAGAACGUUUUUUUGAGUUUAUUAAGCUACCCAAUGACUGUGCAGACCCAGUAGCCAACACAUUAUUGGAGAGGCUACACAUCAUCCUUCCAGAGGGACAAGAAAAUAAACUGAUCGCGCAGGCCUAUGAUGGUGCCGCAGUAAUGAGGGGUACCACUGGGCUGCAGCAUAGGUUACAGCUCAUCUAUCCACAUGCUCACUACAUUCACUGUUAUGCCCAUCAGUUGAACCUGGUAAUGCAGCAGGCAACCUCCCACAUCCCUGAAAUCAGUCGCUUUUUUUCUGACAUGGCAGGAUUUGGUUCUUUUUUUGCUAAAUCACUCAAAACGGCUGCUGUGCUCGGUGAGGUGACUCACCAAGUGCCAAACACAUUAACAUGCUGGAAUUUUGGCAGUGGGGCCGUCAGCACUGUGUAUGAGCACAAGGACGAUCUGGUGAGAUGUUUUGAGACCAUCCGGGACAGAGAAAGCUUUGAUGACACUACGACACGAGAGGCGGGCAGCUUUGUGAGAAUGCUGGAGGAUGAAACUUUCUGUUUCUUCCUUUCCUUGUUUCACAAGAUCAUGCCACAUGUGGACUUGCUGUACAGCGAGUUACAGAAGACGAACAUUGAUUCUGACUUCAUUGCUGGUGUCAUCCAGAAUUUCAUUAACAGCAUGCAGACUAUCAGAGAGGCCAUUCCUUUUCUGGUUAAGGAGGAGGCAUUUGUGGUACCUAUUCAGGAGCCACCCAAUAAGAAAUGGAAAAGAAUGGGAGAAGACAUGCAGCACCAUUUUGCUCUGGAGGUAUGUGACACCAUCGUGAGCCAUGCCAAGGAGAGGUUUUCUUUCACCAAACACCUCAUCAGUGCCACUCUGGUGCAAGCAAACUUCUUUCGAAAACACAGCAGAAUGUUCCCAGACUCGGCUCUGGACACUGCGCUGGAAGCCUACCCGUUUCUGGACAAGGCCAAACUUAAAACCGAACUGUCCCUGAUCUAUGAAAAUGAGGAGUUCCAUAGUUGCAGUGGUGCAGUGGCACUCUUUCGAGUUUUGAUGGAAAACAACCUUCAAGACAUUUUUACAGAGACUGUAAGUCUUCUGAACAUCGUCAUCACAACACCCAUGAACACAUCAGAGUCGAAGAGGUGCUUCUCUACCUCAAACAGGAUAAAAGUCUUUCUUAAAAACACUUUGGCGCAGGAUCGGCUCAAUGCUCUGGCUAUGCUCUCCAUAGAGAAAAAACUGACCCAGGACAUUCGUGAUUUUAACACUAAGGUCAUUGAGAAAUAUGCAGCUCAGAUACACAGACGAGAAAAGUUCAUGUACAAAUAAAAAUCUUCUAUCCCAAACAUACAAACAUACAUGGAUUUUUUUUUUUUUGCAAACACAGAAAUACUCCUGCCUUCCUUAAGGUUUUUUGUAUUUGAUACUACUCAUUUCCCAAGUAUAAAUUAAGUCUGACAUUACUGUAAAUUGUGAGUUGACUUUGUAACUAAUGCUUUUGGGAAGAAAAAUUAAUUACUUUUGUGGAAUUUCUGUCAUCUUCUGACAGGUUUCUUAUACCUUUUGUGUAAAUCCAAUGUUGUUUCCACCCAAAUGUCAUAGCAACAGUCAGACAUGAUGGUUGUAGUGUGAUGGCCUGGUGCGGAUUUACAGCUGCAGGACCUGGACCACUUGUGAAGUCUGUCUACUAAAAAAUCCUGAAGGAGAAAGCCUCAGAUGUGAUCCUAGAAAGAGUGCAAAGAAGGCAGUUGGAUGAAACAGAAUGUACGUACAAAAGAUCCUAGAAAGAGUUGGAAAACCUCCACUGUGCCUGAGUUAAAGCAGUUCUGAAUAAUUCCUCCACAGUGAUGAGACUCCUCACUGGUGUCAUUAAUACUUGAUUGCAUGUUGCUGUCAAUUAUUUCACACCCCGUUAUUGGGAUUAGUGGCAAGUCAUGUUGGUUUGGAUGGCUUUAACACCAGUAAAGUAAUUAAAAAAGAUUUGUAUUUA